AUGUUCUACAAAGCCAUCGUGAAGGGGAAGAGGCCCCUUCAGGCGGCGUCUCAUGCUAUCACGAACAGCUCUUCUGCUCUUUUCUCACGCGUCUUUGUCAAGCGUAGAAUCAGUCUAUUGCGUUCGGGUUCAACUAGAAGCGGUAUUCCUCCGGAGACUACACCACCGCCACCACCGUUGUCAAGCUCACAUGGCGUUCCGCUCUACAGACGUCUUAUGCUGGCAUGGACGAAGACUCCCACAAAAUGGUAUCCGCUUCCCUUGGCCGUCGGGGCCAUUCUCCUCGUCGUCAUCCAAUACCGCAAGAAAGUCGCACGUGUGGAGCAUGAGGUUGGCGUAGAUGAUGAAGGUCGGGAAGUCAUUAAGGUCAAAGGUCCGUGGCAUGUCCAUGUAAUAUGCGCCCUUCCUCUCCGAAACAUGUCGCGCGUCUGGGGCUACAUGAACUCACUCGAACUGCCUGUUUGGAUACGGCCCUAUGGCUUCCGGCUCUAUGCAUACGUUUUUGGCUGCAACCUUGAGGAAAUCGACGCUGACGAUCUAACGCAAUAUACCAGUCUGGGUCAAUUUUUCUGCCGGAAGCUCAAACCUGGUGCUAGGCCCAUAGACAACGCUAUCCUCGUCAGCCCCGCCGAUGGCACCGUUUUACAUCUCGGAACUAUCGAGAAUCUUCGAGUGGAGCAAGUCAAGGGGAUCACCUACUCAUUAGAUGCUCUCCUCGGUGUGGAUCGUUCAGAUCCAGAAAGCCCAGCGUCGACGGUCAUCGAAUUCCCAGACCAAGCGUCUGUGGAGCGUUCGGGAUCCCUCCGAGAAACAAUUUCGCAUGACGCAUCCGUCGCUCGUGAAAUGGGCGUCAGACCGUCGCUUGAGCGGAAGAGAAGUACCUCGGGCACAAGCGUUAAAGAAGGCAACGCACUUUAUUUCACCGUUAUCUACCUCGCUCCGGGCGAUUAUCACCGAUUCCACAGCCCCACCGCUUGGGUAGUGGAGAAACGGCGCCAUUUCGUUGGCCAACUCUUCUCCGUUUCCCCGUGGAUGGCAAAUCGAUUGCAAAACCUCUUCGUCCUGAAUGAAAGAGUCGCCCUUCUCGGUCGAUGGAAAUUUGGGUUCUUCGGUAUGAUCCCCGUUGGCGCCACUAACGUAGGCAGCAUCAAUAUCAACUUUGAUACCGCUCUUCGCACCAACGUACGAGGCAGACCCCCUCCUCCCGGGACUUAUAACGAGGCCGUCUACUCAGCGGCGUCUCCUAUCCUCAACGGUCAACCGUUGACCGCCGGUGAAGAGAUGGGCGGAUUCUGCUUGGGAAGCACCAUCGUGUUGGUUUUCGAAGCCCCAAAGACGUUCGAGUUCACCCUCAAAGCUGGGCAGAAAGUCAAGGUUGGAAACCGCCUCGGUGGCACGCCCAAUGACUCUGCGACGGUUUGCAAAGUGAAGACCGACUAG